GGCGACCCCAGGGGACAACGUCUCGCGCUCUCCCUCGCGCGGGGAGGUUGACUGGAGGCAGCGUCGCCGCGUUGCUAAGCGACAGCCAGGAGCCGCUGCCCAAGGGGCUCGUGGCCCGCCGCCGGCCGCCUCAUGGCGAAGUUCGUGCUGGCUGGUAAGGCAGACUGUCCAUACUUUGUAAAGGCAGAACUUCUGGCUGACUAUCUGCAGAUUAAUUUGCCUAAUUUCAAAAUACACAAGAUUACUCAGCAUCCUGACAAGUGGGAGCAGUGGCUUCAUGACAUCUGUGAGAAGAAUGGAUGGAAACACAAACGCUCGCCGAUUGUUUGGAGGGAAUUGUUGGAUCGGGGAGGGAAGGGCCUGCUUCUGGGAGGAUUUAACGAUUUUAUGGAGUAUGCCCAGCAUUACUAUGGCAUCACCUCGGACAUGCUGAGUGAGCAGAUGCUGAGAAUUGCUGAAGAGAACUUGCAGACCCAUAUAGAAAUUGAGAAAGAGGAGGAAUAUAUUAAAAGUCUUAUCAAACCCUUGCAGAUCUGGAUCAGCAGUGCAUCAGCUCCUGCCUGCUACAACCUGAUUCCAUUAUUGGCCAAUGGAGAAGUGUUUGGGAUGGCAACAGAAGUUAGCAUCCAUCUGCUCGACAGUAGCCAUUACAAGGAAAUUCUGCAUGGUAUUGUAAUGGAGGCUCAAGACUUAGCAUUCCCUCUCCUUCGCAGUGUCUCAAUGCACACUGAAUUAGAGGAUGCCUUUGUUCAGGCUGAUAUUGUUAUUUUGCUUGAUGACCUCCUCUUACAACACGAGAUCCCAUCACUGGAAGACUGCAUCAGACAGGUGACUGAGCAAUGUAAGGUGUACGGUUCCCUGAUUGAGAAGAAUGCCAACAGCAGUGUCAAAGUUAUUGUGUCAGGAAAAACCUUUGUGAACCUUAAAGCAUUAAUGAUUAUGACAUUUGCCCCAUCUAUUGAUGGCCAGAAUAUUAUCGCCAUGGCAAUGUUCUUGGAAAGCGCAGCUAAAGCUAUGCUGGCCAGGAAACUGAAUAUGAAUUCAGCAGGAGUCAAAGAUGUGAUUGUUUGGGGUAAUAUCAGUGGCAAUAACUACAUUGAUCUGUCUAAAGCAAAAGUUUACAGAUAUGAUAGUGCUAUCUGGGGUCCACCUAACUUUUCACACCGUUUGCUGGACAUGAUCUAUGAUGGCAACUGGGUGCGUUCAGAAUUUGUGUCUGUACUGAGUUCCCUGGAGCAUCACUGCUUAGGCAUGUCACCUGCUCAUGUAAUAGCUACUGUGCUGAGAUACUGGUAUCAAGACUCUCCUCCCGGGGAGAUUGUCUCAAUGGGAAUACUCAGCGAAGGUCAAUUUUGUAUCCCUGAAGGGAUUAUCUUCUCCAUGCCUGUGAGGUUCCAAGAUGGUAGCUGGGAGGUCAUUACAGAAACAGAAAUUGAUGAAGAAACUCAAGAAACUCUGAAGCAUUUAGCCCAUGAUCUGAUACAGGAAAAACAAGUUGCACUAGGAGAAAUACCUGAAAUGCGUCCAUAUAAAGAAACUGCAUUUAAUGGCUUCAAUCUGCUAGCGCUUCUAGAAGAGGAAAACUUUCAAACAUCCCCAAAGGCAAGGCGAGCUCACCUGCACAGGUCACCAUACAGAGCUCAUCAUCACAGGAGUCCCAGAAUCACCGAAGAGCUCCAGCAUGGACCAAAUGGGAGCCAGGAUCUGUGUAUCACCCUGGACCCAGUAUCCCCCGAAUCCACCCAAGGCGGGCUCCCGGACCCUGAAGGCAGAGAAGGGACCUCUGCUGCGUAUGUUUCUCCUUCCCAGAGGCUAGCGAAGAUUAGAAGGCGAAAAAAACACACUCGUGAUGAAAUAUUCUCUGACCUCAUGCUGUCCUCCCACACUGACAGAGCACAGCAAAAUAUGUGGCGGCAGACAAUCUCAGAGUGCAGGAAAACACAAUAUGACCACGAGGAGAGGUGGCGGGCUGAAGAUGACCUGGACACCUUAUCCAAUGGCUUACUUCAGCCAGAGACCCAGGAAGGAGAAAAAGUCCAAACAACCACUGAUGAACCUGAAGCUCCACCCAAUGAGUUACUUCAGUCAGAGAUGCUGGAAGAAGAAAAAGUCCAAGUGCCCAUAGAUGAUCCUGAAACUUCAUCUGAGGGCUUAAAUCAAUCAGAGACCAGUCUGAGCAAUGCAGAAAACAAUGAAAACCCUUAAAUAAUUUCUGAUCAAGUAAACUACAGCAAGGGAUAUGCUAUAGUGCCUGGAACAUAUUAUUUCUGUGAUCUGGCAGAGACUGAUUCACAGCUUUGAAACUUCACAGGUUUUCUUUUGUGGUAGUUAUGAAAGAAUGUAUAGGAACUGGCACAUUUAAAAAAAAAAACACCACACCCACACCCCUCAUGUUAAUUGAUUCUACAGGGCUGAAAAUUUAAACACAAAUUCAAUAAAUGAAAAUGUUAAAAUUAUUUUAUCAAUAAUUCAUUCACAUUGCAUGUGUUGUAUAUCAAAGUAAAUAUUUAACAGCCUAAGCAAAAAUCUUAGGCCAAAAUUGUCAAAAAUGAGAGUCUAACUUUAAGCCAGGAUUUUAAAAAAGGGAUGCUUUCUUUUAUUUGCUUUCUGAUACCUUUAUGUUUGAAUUAGUAAUAUUAAUAUUGUAUUAAAAUAAGAAAUUAAAAUGUAAGUGUAGCAUUAAUGUUACAUAUUUAAAGUGUAGUUUUACUCUGAGAAGUAACAGUAAAAAUGGCAUCUCUUUGCUCAGCAAAUAUGCACAACAGUAAUGUAUUUGCUCACUUUAGUGACAAAAAUAUUCUUAGCCUUACAGAGCCAACAGAACUAAGAUGGAAUAGAAUUUGCAUCUUAUUCAAUCUUGCACAGCCUCAGCAGAUUGUUUACUGAGUUCCAGUCAGUUACACCUGUGCAAACCCAUUGAGGAAAAUGUUGUUGCACAGAUAAAGCUGAGUCCCAGUUUGUCUUACAGAAGCUUUGUCAAAGAUGCUGAUGCAGAAAGUGAAAAAGCGCAAAUUGAUCCUCAGAAUCCAGAAGGAGAUGGUAGUUAGGAAACAAAUCUUUUACUUAAGUACUGAGCACAUUUGACACAAAAAUUAAUAAUACAACAAACAUGGAAGCCAUGAUAUCGACUUAGCAAAGUCACUUUUCAGACUAGAACUUGACAUAGAACAGAAAAGAAUGAGAGAAUGAAAAAAAACCAAGCAUUUAAAAAUAUCGAGGCGCUAAAGCAAUAAUUGCCUUUUUUUAAAAAAAUUUGUGCUGGAGAAGUCACGAUACAAUAAAGAAAAGCAUCUUAGCUGUACACUG